AUGGACACUCCCCGUCACAAAUUUGGUCCCUGGACAAGGUCUUCAAUACCACAUACUCCCGAACGUACAUCUUCUACAUCGAGCAACUGGUCUUUUCGGUCGAUAUCGAGUUCCUCGAGUGAGUCGACUGGCUCGUCAGCUUUUUGGAGAACACCGAGGAGGGAUAAGGUGAAGGAGAAGAAUAAGGUUGGUGGGAAGGAUGCGACAUGUCUUCUUUACUUUCAUCCAUCAUAUACAUCUUCCUCCUCAUCUUCAUUACCGGAAGUUCACUCACUAGGUUCAUAUAUUCCCAUCCAACCCUACAUACCCGAAGAUGAAAGCACCAUAAAAAAGAACGCCUAUAAAAAGAAAACCGAUCCAGUCCAAUGGUUAAAAGAAAACUCCAACAAUCGCCACGCCAUCACCAUCGGUCAAAAAACAUGGAAAACCAAACUCACAGAAUGGAAUAAUCCCCGUCCCAAAGCCGCGCUAAUUUCUCUCGUCCGUAACUCCGAAUUAGAAGGAAUGCAACAAUCGAUGCGACAGCUAGAAGCGCGCUGGAAUCAUAAAUAUCUGUAUCCGUGGAUUUUCUUCAACGAUGAACCGUUUAGUGAGGAAUUUAUGGCCGGUACGAGAAAUUUGACGGAUGCGGAGUGUUUUUAUGAGGUUGUGCCGGAGGAGUUUUGGUCCUUGCCGGAAUGGAUUGAUGAGCGGAGGUUUAUGAAUAGUUUGGAUUAUUUGGGGACGAUUGGUGUUGGGAAGGGUUGGAUGGUUCACUUCUUCUGCAAUAUCAACUAUGAUAUUUUUCGCUUCAUGCGCGAUAAUCACCUCAAAUAUGGAUUCAAUAUGAAUAUCCUCGACGACGCGCGUUCCUUCCCAUCCCUCUGGUCUAAAACCCGUGCCUUCGCCAAUGCGCACCCGGAAUUACUUCAUCCUGAAGCGGAUCUGAACUGGUUACUUGAUGGGGGCGAAUAUAAUAAUUGUCAAUUCUUUAGUAAUUUUGAGAUUGGAUCUUUGAGGUUUUGGAGAGGUGAUGAUGAUGAUGAUUAUUAUGAUGGGAAAAAAGGAGGAACAAAAGGAGCACAUGAAAAAUACUUCAACCAUCUUGAUCGUACGGGUGGAUUUUUCUACGAGAGAUGGGGUGAUGCGCCGGUUCAUACGCUGAGUGUGGCGAUGUUUUUGUCGAAGAGGGAGGUUUGGUAUUUUAGGGAUGUGGGGUAUAGACAUGGGAUUAAUAGUGUUUGUCCGCAGGGUAGAGAAGGGAGUUGUGCGUGUGAGGAGGGGGGAGUGGAUAGAGGGUUUUAUAAAUUGGUGCCGUGGGAGAGUCGGCAGCGGAAACCGGGGGAUACGUGUGUGAGGGGGUGGAUUGGGCGGGAGUGCGUGGCCAAGAGGGAGGGGUGGAGUAGGGAGGAGGCGGUUAGAGGGGGUGGGGAUGGGUGGCGGGAGAGGGAGAGGGAGAGGGAGAGGGAGAAGGAGAAGGAGAAGGAGAAGGAGAAGGAGAAGGAGAAGGAGAAGGAGAGGAAGGAAAAGAUGGAAUAUGUAGUUAGGUAG